ACAGUGUACUAUGUCGAGUAGUGUUAAGAACUUUACAGUGGGAUACAAUCCCCUAAACAAAAGCAACACUUUCAGUAGUGGUGAUUAUCUCAUGGGACAAGUUACAUUUGAAUUAACUAAUGAGUGCGAAGUACAGUCACUCUUUGUAAAGCUGAAGGGAAAAGCUCAGGUGUUAUGGACUGAAAAUCAUGGGAAAACAAUCGUGACUUACCAAAGCAAAGAGAAGUACUUCAGCAUCAAGCAGUUUGUCAUUCAGGAAUCUAUGGGCAAAAAUGUUCUUUCCGCCGGCUGCCAUGUCUACCCAUUCACCUUUCAGAUUCCAGCGCAAGACCUGCCGUCCUCCUUCAAGAGCUCAUGUGGAAAGAUUUUGUACACAGUCGAGGCAAAUCUGAACCGGUCGAUGAGAAUGGACAGCAAAGCAAAGGCAGAGUUCACACUCAUCCAAAAGAGAAACACUGAUCCAGUGCUGAUGACCCCACAGCAAAAUAUGAUUGAUAAGAAAAUGAAGCUCUUCUCAUCGGGAUCUGUGGCCAUGGAUGUAAGCAUUGCAAAAACAGGCUUCUGCCAAGGAGAAGGCAUAAAGGUCAUGGCUUCACUUCAGAACAAAUCCUCUCGUGACAUUAAGCCCAAGUACUGUCUGUACAGGAAAUACAGCUACUUUGCAAACAGGAAAAGGAAAGUUGAAACAAAAGACAUCCUGAAGGAGGAGGGUGAAGCCAUCCCACACUCUGCAGGUCAGACUGUCACCAGGAUCAUCACCGUCCCUUCCACCGUGGCCACCUCAAUCCUAAACUGCAACAUCAUCAAAGUAGAGUACAGACUCCGGGUCUAUCUGGAUGUGAAGUAUGCUUCAGACCCAGAAGUCAAGUUCCCCAUAGUCAUCCUGCCUGCUUUAGAGGGGUCUGAUAAUCAGCAGUCAUCUGACUUUUUGACCAGUGGAUUUGAUGAAUUUCCAAAUGCUUACAUGUCAGGGGGGAUGAGCUUUCUACAAAAUCCAGCUGCCCCUGAAUCUGCUCCACCACCUUCCUAUGAGACAUAUGGGAUGUACCCCUCGUUGACAGGUUUAGAUAGAAAGCCGUAGAAUAGGUAGAUCGAGCUUUCAUUCCUAUUUUUUUUUAUUGCAAUUAAUUGUAAGAGUAAGAAUAAUUGGUAAUAGAUUGAUUUACAGCUUGAUUUUCUGGUUUAAUUUCAGUCGUUGACCAUAUUGGUUUCUCUUAAAUUUGUAAUAACAGGAAUAACAAAUAUUUAAUAAAUAAUCCUCUCAUUCCAGAGAUUAAAUAUUGUCCAUAUUUAUUAUAUUUAAUUCAUCUGACAACAGAAGAUUCACAUUUGUGA